AUGACGAUUUUCUAUCAAGGAAGUCUUCAGGGUGGCAUUGCCCUCGCUGUGAGGGAAGCCAAAGCUGUGGUUGAACAUUGCUCCGAAGGUCUUGGUAACCAACCAUUCCGCCAGGUCGCGCGCGUCCUCCAGGCCAAAUCCGUCCCGUUGCGGUUAACUGCGGGGAGCCAGGAAGCCGGGUUCCUGACGUCCUUCUGUCCCAUUUCUCAAUUUCCGGCCGUUGUGGUUAUCAGGAAUGGCAUGUUGAAAGAAUAUAUCGUACCGGAUAUCUCCAAAGAUGAGUUCCGCGGCCGUUUGUUAGCAGUUUUGGAGGGUCAGCAGGCACCGGAGUCUACGCAGAUACCGCAAGCCAGCGCACCCGUCGCAAGCAAUGUCACUGCUCCGGCACCAGCUACUUCUACACCUGUCGCUCCCGCUGCCCCAGCACCAAACCAAGCACCACAGCCAUCCACUAUCAACCAACCACAGCCUGUGCCACAACUAGGAAAUGAUGGCAUACAGACUGGAAAGCGGGGAACGAAUAAGGCACCGCCCAAGGACUCUAAACUCGCGAGCUCAGCGAGCACUACGUCAUCAAAACGCCAACCAGUGAAAGAAAACAGAAAGCAGGAAGCCACUUCAAAACCAGAUAAUAAGGAUAAAGCGUCAAAGGUGCCUCAGAAGCCCGCGAACUCGGGUGCUGGUGCGACGGCGGCUGGCCCUAGUGAGCAACAACAAUCGCGACCACCAGCCCCCCGAGCACCGCCAAACCAAUACAGGCUUCAGGUGCGGCUAUUCGAUGGAGGCUCUGUCCGUUCGAGCUUCGCACCAUCCCAGACAAUCCGGGGCGAUGUGCGUCCCUGGCUUGAUGCGCAGAUGGGGGAUGACAACCGACCUUAUAACCUGAAACACAUCUUAACUCCCCUUCCCAGCCAAGCCCUCUCCGUCGCCGAAGAGUCGCAGACCCUCGAAAAGUUGGGGUUGGGCUCAACAGCAAAUCUAGUCAUGGUUCCCGUCCAGACAUACACCGAGGCCUAUGCUACUGCCGGAUCCAGCUUGCCCGUUCGUGGUGCUUCGGCUGUCUAUAACAUUGUUUCUUCUGUCGCAAGCACUGCCACUGGUCUUAUAGGUUCUUUUAUUGGCUAUGGCCCAACCGCACCGGCAAACGACGCCGAUCCUGCUGCGUCUACAUCUCCUGCACCUCCAUCUGCUGACAAUGCCCCACGACCGCGCCCAGCCGGGCCUAACAUUCGGACCUUGGGAGAUCAGCAGAAUGGGCGUGGGGAUCGCCAGCUCUACAACGGAAAUCAGUUGAACUUCGAACCACGGAAGAAACAAGACGAGAAGGACAAAUAA